AUGGCGAACACCGUUAGAUUCACGCACGAGAGGCCGGAAGAAAUUGAGACCGGCAGUUCUCAUUGUAGUUCGAGGAGCCAAUCGCACGUGCAAUUCCAUCACGAUUCAAAGAAUGACGAUUACAUCAACAAUACCGUGAACAAUUUUGCCACGAAUAUUGGGUUGGCACCCGGGAUGCACUCGCAUAACUCCCAGGAGAAGACAUCUGACGAGGAGUCUCAGACUCAUUCUGUCGGUGGCAAUGAUAUACCUAUGAUUGAUUUCAACGAAAAGGCGAGAGAAAUCCUCGGGAAACACACUGUCAUGGAUGCAGACACGCUGACAGAUCACUCCGAUGCGUCAUCCACCAUUAUAGAUUCUGGUGACGAUUCAGGAUUCUUCGCUGCUCCCAUGGAUGGUAUUGAAGAUGGGGACAUGGACAACACCGAUUCCGAAAACGACUUCGAGGCAGUGCUGGAUGAAGAUGGGGAGGAAAUCGCGGCACCUAAAAGAGUCCGGGGUGGGGUGUUGGGGUCGUUGAUGAAACUGUAUCAAAAUGAAGAAGUGGCCCCAUCGUCCGCAUCCUUAAUGUCGACCGCUAGCGAAAGCGACGUCAUGGCCAAACGGAAGAAGAAUAUGGCAACUAACAUGGCACACAAGUCGAUGGACAAAACAAAGGGCCAAAUCAAGAGACUUAAAAGGAAGAAGAAAUCUGCAGAAAGGAGGAUAACACGUCAUAUUGCCGAUCUGCUACAAAGACAGAGAUUUGUUCUGAGAAUGUGUAAAGCUUUGAUGCUGUACGGGGCUCCUACCCACCGUCUGGAAGAUUACAUGGUCAUGACUUGCAGAGUCCUAGAGAUUGAUGGCCAAUUCCUCUAUAUCCCAGGUUGUAUGAUCGUAUCCUUUGGUGAUUCUACAACAAGAACUUCGGAAGUUCAACUGGUUAGAUGUGCACAAGGUUUGAACCUGUGGAAACUCCACCAGGUCCACUCCAUAUACAAAACUGUCAUUCAUGAUAAAAAGAGUGCCGAGGAAGGGAACCUCGAAAUCGAUACCAUCAUAGCCGACAAGAAUCUAUAUCCACCUUGGCUAUGUGUCCUACUUUUCGGGUUCUGCUCCGCCAUGGUCACGCCGUAUGCAUUCGGCGGUCACUGGGUAAAUCUGGCGAUAUCAUUUUUUAUGGGUUCUUGUGUGGGGUUUCUACAAUUUGUCGUUUCUAACAGGUCACACUUGUACUCCAACGUAUUUGAAAUCACAGCUUCCAUUGUAGUCAGCUUCUGUGGGAGAGCAUUCGGUUCCAUUCCUCACUCAAAAAUCUGUUUCGGAGCUGUAACUCAGGGCUCCCUGGCGUUGAUUCUACCAGGGUACAUUAUUUUAUGUGGUUCAUUGGAGUUGCAGAGCAGAAAUAUGGUAGCUGGGGCUGUUAGAAUGUUUUACGCCAUCAUUUACUCGCUGUUUCUGGGUUUCGGUAUAACGUUGGGUACAGCACUGUUUGGUUGGUUAUAUGGUGGCGCUACUAAUGAAGCGUCUUGUCCACAACUGAUAUCGCCAUGGUUCAGAUUUUUAUUCGUGCCAGCGUUCACCAUUGGUAUUUCGUUGUUGAACCAAGCUAAAUGGACACAGCUCCCAACCAUGGUAAUCAUAUCCAGUGCUGGUUAUGUGGUGACGUACUUUGCAGGGAAGCAUUUCCAGAACUCCACGGAGUUCACGGCUGCGUUGGCAGCCUUCGUCAUUGGUGUCAUGGGGAAUCUUUAUUCCAGAAUUUGGCAGGGGCUGGCUGUCUCAGCCAUGUUGCCCGCCAUUUUUGUCCAGGUGCCUUCUGGUGUAGCCUCACAGAGUUCACUACUGUCAGGGUUGAACAGUGCCAACCAAAUUGUUCGUGGUAAUAGCACAUCAGCGGCAGGGUCCACCGAUAUAACCUCCGGUAUGUCAUUUGGUGUUACCAUGAUAGAAGUUUCCAUCGGUAUUUCUGUUGGAUUAUUUGCAUCGACACUAUUUGUCUACCCAUUCGGUAAGAAAACCAGUAGUUUGUUUAGUUUAUAA